AUGGUCAUCUGGUUUGUUAUAAACGAAGUGUUAUUGAAUGAACGCUUAAAUAUCCAGCGGCUACAUUCUAUCAACCGCCAAGUGUUCGGUCUUUUGUCCCUGAGGAGAAGCUGUUACCAACAACCCUUAUUUGGGUGGUUUCAAAUCAGACCAAUGACUUCCAGUAGACGAGUCCAAGACCGUAGCAAGUACAAACGAAUUCACCAUCUCGAAAUUGUAAAAGAGAAAUGGAAAAUAUUGUCAAAGGUUUUGUUUUUGAUGGAAGUUAUAAAGAGAGAAACCGAGAUGGUUAUCCCUGUGAGGUCAUUGUAUCAAUACAGGAAGCAAAUCAAUAUACCCAAACCCCAUAAAAUAACCGAUUUCAUCGAGAAAUGUCCCAAGUUGUUCGAAUUAUAUAAGGAUCAAAGGGGAACCUUAUGGUGUGGAAUGACUAAAGAAGCCGAGGAUUUGUUGGAAGAAGAGGAAAGGCUGGUUGAGGAACAAUCGAUCAAAGCUGUUGAGUAUGUUACUAGGAUACUAAUGAUGUCAGUCGAUAAACGGAUUCGGUUAGACAAGAUCGCUCAUUUUAGGAGAGAUUUUGGUUUGCCAAUUGAUUUUAGGAACAAGUGGGUGAAUCAGUAUCCACAAUAUUUUAGAGUUGUAAAAUCUAAAGAUGGGGUUGAGUUUUUGGAGCUUGUAAAUUGGAAUCCUGCUUGGGCUAUUACAGAGUUGGAGAAGAAAUCAUUGGGUUUGAACGAUGGGAUUGGACGUGAACCGGGUGUGCUUUCAUUGCCUUUUGCUUUGAAGUUCCCUUCUAACUACAAGAAGGUGUAUAGACAUGGAGGGAAGAUCGAGCAUUUUCAGAAAAGGUCUUAUUUGUCUCCCUAUGCAGAUGCUAGGGAGCUGAAAGCAGGGUCGUUGGAAUUCGAUAAGAGAGCGGUUUCUGUUAUGCACGAAUUACUUAGCUUUAGUAUCGAAAAGAGAUUGGUGACUGACCAUCUCACUCAUUUCCGACGGGAGCUCGUGAUGCCGCAGAAGUUGAUGAGGCUUCUUUUGAAGCAUUUUGGCAUCUUUUAUGUUUCUGAAAGGGGGAAGAGAUUCAGUGUUUUCUUGACUGAAGCUUAUGAAGGUUCUGAGCUGAUCGAGAAGUGGCCGUUGGUUGUAUGGAAGGACAAGGUCCUGAGCUUUGUUGGUUAUAGAGGAAAGAAGAAAAAGAUCCCUACUUUCAGUGAUCUGUCAGACAUGGAGGAAAUGGUUAUGAUUGAAGGUGAUACUGAGAUUGAGAAUAUAUGUGCGAAUUUUGAGGAAGAGGAAAUCAUGGAUGGUUUAGAGGUUGUUUCACUAACUAAUGAUGAUAAUGAGUUGGAGAUUCCUCAUGUUGGCAAUGCAUACAAAGCCACUAAUGAUACAACUUGAGAUUGAAGAAGAAAACUCGAUUGAACAAUGGAUAAUAUUUACAGUGAAGUGAAAGCAGAACUCAGACUUGAAGAUGAAACGGUAAGAAAUUCAGCCAAUAACUGGACCAUGUUUCAUUUGCAUCCAUCACAAAUCUCA